GGACUCGAGCACAGGUCGUUAAGACAGCCGGUUCUCGCAAGAGUGCAUGUAUGAACAUGUAAAAUAUGCAGUGUUUAGUAAAUCAACGUUUUGAACGAAGCCAGUGUCAUCAUUUCGUAGAAGUAGCCUAUGUCGACCAGCAACAAAGAGUUUGGGAUGUUAAUGGCAGUUGUCAUUUGAGUCCUAACUUUCUUUCCCAGUCCCCACCCUAAACUUUUAUAAAGCGUCUCUUGUUGGGCAGAAUGGGCGGUGGUGGGGGACAGAGUUUGGAAACAUGGAAGGUGAACAGCGUUGCAGUCAGAAUCAGUGUCAAAGGAAUUGAAGAACCGCAACUUAUGGGAUAUGAUUUAAAAGUUCAAAAAAUUGUUAACAGGAUAUUUUAAGUGUACGCAUUACUGCCAGUUCAAUCCAAAAACGCGUUUGAACGUGCUCCAUCUGAAUCGCGUCUGAAGGAGGAGCCCUACAUGCUCACUCAUCACUUCCUGUUUCCCCUGAAGAAGCUGAACUGAAAAAAAGGGAUGAAUGAGACCAACUCAGCAACCACUCUCCUGAAGAGGUAUCGUGUCGCCAUGACGAGGGCUGACACCGCUCCCACCGUCGCCACGGAGAACGGACACACCCCGGUCCGAGGCGAGGGCGGGGGAGAAGGCCAGCAGGACACCGACGGCUCCCUGUCCGACUUGGCAGGACUGUUUGAGAGCGCCGACACGCCCUCGGCCCAGCUGGACCAGAGCCAGGACGCACCCCAGGACCCGGCCCGGGCAGAGCAGGCAGGGGACGGCAGGCCCAACCUGCGCAUGAAGUUCCAGGGUGCCUUCAAGAAGGGCAUCACAAGUCCUAUGGACCUGCUGGAGAACAGCAUGUACGAAUCCCCCGUGGCGCCCGGACCCAAGAAGGCCCCGAUGGACUCCCUGUUUGACUACGGAACUUACCGACAAGGCAACAACCAGAAGCGCAGGAAGAAGCUCCCUCGCGGGAAGACUCAGGCGUCCUGCGACGAGGGUCCCGUCUCGGACCCCCCCAAGGUGCUCAAGGAGUUUAACCGCUGCCUCCUGUUCGAGGGCGUGUCGAGGGCCGAGCCUGGGGCCCUGGAGGGCCUGCUGGAAUACCUGCAGGGCCAUGAGAAGAGGCUCACCGACGAGGAGUUCAGAGAACCUUCCACCGGCAAAACAUGUCUGCCCAAAGCCCUGCUCAACCUGUACAGUGGUCGGAACGACACCAUUCCCCUGCUGGCGGACAUAGCAGAGAAGACUGGCAACCUACGAGACUUCAUCAACACCCCCUUCAGAGACGUUUACUACCGAGGUCAGACGGCGCUCCACAUCGCCGUGGAACGCCGCUGUAAGCAGUACGUGGAGCUGCUGGUGGAGAAGGGUGCGGACGUGCAUGCGCAGGCCCGCGGGCGCUUCUUCCAGCCCCGAGACGAGGGGGGAUGCUUCUACUUUGGUGAGCUGCCCCUAUCCCUGGCGGCCUGCACCAACCAGCCCGACAUGGUGCAUUACCUGACGGAGAACGCCCACAAGAAGGCCGACCUGCGUCGCCAGGACUCCCGGGGCAACACAGUCCUCCACGCCCUGGUGCACAUCGCAGACAACACUCGCGACAACACCCGCUUCCUCACCAAGAUGUACGACCUGCUCCUCAUCAAGAGCGCCAAGCUCUACCCAGAAUGCAACCUGGAGGACGUGCUGAACAACGACGGCAUGUCACCCCUCAUGAUGUGUGCCAAGCUGGGCAAGAUCGGGGUGUUCCAGCACAUCAUCAGGAGGGAGAUCAAGGACGAGGAGGCGCGCCACCUCUCCCGGAAGUUCAAGGACUGGGCGUACGGCCCGGUGUACUCCUCCCUGUACGACCUCUCCUCCCUGGACACCUGCGGAGAGGAGGUCUCUGUGCUGGAGAUCCUGGUCUACAACAGCCGCAUCGAGAGCGGCACAGGCAGUGGAAUCAUCUUCAUGUCUGCACUGCGUGACCUCAUUUCCUGUCUCCAGAAUCGGCACGAGAUGCUGGCGGUGGAGCCAAUCAACGAGCUUCUGAGGACCAAGUGGCAGAAGUUUGGUGCGGCCACCUUCUACAUCAGCGUGGUGUCCUACCUUGUCACCAUGACCAUCUUCUCCCUGGUGGCAUACUAUCGCCCCACGGGGGGAAAGCCUCCGUACCCGUACGUCACCUCCACAGACUACCUGAGGAUGGCGGGGGAGGUUGUCACCGCGGCCUCCGGAGCCUUCUUCUUCCUCACCAACAUUAAGGAUCUCUUCCAGAAGAAGUGCCCUGGGGUGAACUCUUUAUUUAUUGAUGGCUCCUUUCAACUGCUCUUCUUCAUCUACUCAGUCUUAGUGAUAGUGACGACAGCUCUCUACCUGUCUGGGAUCGAGGCCUACGUGGCUGUUAUGGUGUUUGCGUUGGUGCUGGGGUGGAUGAACACGCUCUACUUCACCAGAGGACUGAAGCUCACAGGCACCUACAGCAUCAUGAUCCAGAAGAUUCUCUUCAAAGACUUGUUCAGGUUUCUGCUGGUGUACGUGCUCUUCAUGAUUGGCUACGCUUCAGCCCUGGUGUCCCUCCUGAACGUGUGCCCCCCCGCCGGGACGGCCAGUCCCCAGGACGGGGGGGGCUGCCCCACCUACACCCAGUGCCGUGACAACAACACCUUCAGCAGCUUCCUGCUGGACCUGUUCAAGCUCACCAUCGGCAUCGGGGAGAUGGACAUGAUCCACAGCGCCCAGUACCCCGCCGUCUUCCUCAUCCUCCUGGUCACCUACAUCAUCCUCACCUUCGUGCUGCUCCUCAACAUGCUGAUCGCUCUGAUGGGGGAGACGGUGGGACAGGUGUCCAAGGAGAGCAAGAAGAUCUGGAAGCUUCAGUGGGCGACCACCAUCCUGGACAUCGAGCGCUCCUUCCCGGUGUGCCUGCGCCGGUCGUUCCGCGCCGGGGAGAUGGUGACGGUGGGGAAGAAGUGGGAUGGAACGCCAGACCGCCGCUGGUGCUUCAGGGUGGACGAAGUCAACUGGUGCCACUGGAACCAGAACCUGGGCAUCAUCAACGAGGACCCGGGCAAGAACGAGACCCAGGCCCACGCUGCCCAGCAGGCCGUCAGAGGCCUGAGGAGAGAUCGCUGGUCCACGGUGGUGCCACGGGUGGUGGAGCUGGGCAGGAGCCCGCGGUCCGAGGACCACGUGCUGGAGAUGGAGCCUCUUACCCCCAGGCACAGACCCUAAGGUGGAGCCGCCACCAGGGGGAGCCACCUGGUUCCUCACCUUCCUGGAGAGCCUCAAACAAGUGACAAAGAUGACUUUGCCAAAUUUGCACAGAACUCAGUUGCCUUGCAGGUAUGUAUUUUGGUAACUCUUUCAAAGGGGAUUGGGGAUGAUGUAAGUGUUACAGGAGGAGAGUGCACUGGACAAACGGGACAGCCCUCGAAACCAUCACUCGCAAAAAAACUGAACAGAAAGAUAUUUAUGGAAAAUAUGAAAGGGUUGGUUAGUGGUCGGGUCAAGAGGAGGAUAGCGCGCUACUGGGAGAGAGAUGAUGUACCUCUGCAUUAGACACCGCACUCAGGGAAUAGCUUUAGAAUCUGUUUUAUGUUUGUACUUGUAUCCUGUCUUCUCAGCCUUAAGGGAAAAAUGGAUUUUCAAAGUGCCAGUGUAAGCAUGCUGCAUGAUAAUCAUGGAUUACAAGGCUGAUGCUCAAACCAGAGCAGAGAUGCCAUCAGAUACACUAUCUCUCUGAUUGCAGAAGGCUGCAGAAAGGAGGCUGUUUUUGCACUGAAGUGUAUCUCGCCUGCCAUUGACAUAUUCCAUUUGUAAAACGCAUAUCUCCUGUGUCAUUUCCGAUUUGUGGAUUUUUACGAACAUGAGGGAAAUGUUUUUCUAUUACGUGGACAGCCAGUGUACAUAUAACUGACACAAGCAUAGUAAUUGGUUACCCUGGCAAUUUCAGUGUUUCUGUGAUCUUGCAGCAGUUAUUUACCCCACACUGCAUAGCCCAGCCCUAAUAUAGUUUGCAUUAUUAUAUUGUCGUGACAUUUAGCCAUUCAGCCACUGGUUAAUGCUUUCUAAUGAAUGGUCUGCUCGCUGUAUGAGUGAAGAAAAAAAAUGAAAAAUGAUUACCACACACACGGGUGCUAGAGGCAUAAAAAUCAAAGCCUUUGUGGAUUUGCAAAUAAAGAAGCCUUUAAUGUCUCGGCAAAGACAUUAAGGCUUCACCAGUGUGUUUCAGCUCCCAGCUUCACAAGAGUGUAUGUUAAGAGUUUUAAUAGGUGGUGACGGUGCUGUAGAUAUACUGUAGAUCUUGAUUCAUUUUUAUCUAUCCAGUCAUGUUGAAGGUCUUUGGGGUGAGUUUCUUCAUGUCUUGAUUUUAUCGCUUUAAACAUUCUGUAAAUCUUUAUUUAGAGUUUUAUAUGAUCGUUAUGCUUUAAUAUAUGUAGUAUGUAUAUAUCAUUGCAAAGUAUAUUGUAAAGCACACACAAAUUAUUGGUUGAGAGGCAGAUAUGUGUUCUUUGUAAAAGCAUUAAACAAAUGUGAUUUGUUAAUCGUUUGUGCUCUAGCUCAAGUUAUAUUUUAUACUGGAACUUUUGCUACUGAUCCGUCAUCAGGGAAGGUUUUUAUAAGAAGUAUACUUUUAUUUUAGGUUGUGAAGUCCUGUCUUUUUUUUUAAGAAUAUUGAAACUUAUUGACAGUGAUGUUUAUUUGUGUUUCCAUUGCUUAUACUGUUGGAAAUAUUGAAGAUACAGUUUUGCAACAAAUAUGACUGUCAGGCCAGUGUAUCUGUAAUAAGAUCUGUAAAGUGCAUAUAGUGCAUUUUACCAGCAUGCAUUCCUUUUGUUUUAUGAAAUCUGACUGCAUUACCUUUACUGGCCAGCAGAGGGAGGCAGAAGUCCAGAUGUUUUAAAUUAAUUUAAAUGUAGAUAUUUUGAGCUUCCAGUAGUAUAUGUUUAAUAUUGGUAAAACUUUUCAUCAUUGUUGUACUGGUGCAUACAGUACAUAGAUGUUAAUGUUUAUUUAUCUGAAAGAAAUGAAUAAAUACAUGUU